GACGUGUCUGAGGAAUAUCAGAGUAUUGUAGGUAAACUGUAGAUAAUUUAUUUAUUAAUUUAAUGGUAUUUUUGUAAACUUUAAUACAAUGAACUACAAUGCAAAUACUGGGGGUAGACAAUCCCUUGGAAGAAAACUUAAAAGGGUAGCUGAUGUUAAUUCUAUGGGAUACACACCUUACGACCAACCUCCCCCUGCCCCUGCUCAAAAUAUGUAUCCAACACUAGAUCCUGGAAUGAACAGUUUCCAACAAAGUUUUCCUCCAAUGGAAAAUCCACAAUUUACAAGUACACCACAGAUGCCACAGCAGCAGAGUCAGAAUUUUAAUCAACCUUAUACAAAUUUAAACAUGAAUCCAUUAGCAGGAGUACCACAAAAUUUGAGUGUCUUGGGUCAACCUGUUGUACAAGACAUGGCGUUACAAUAUGGCCAGCAAUUGGCAGGAGCAGGAACUACAAUGUUGAAACAAGAAGUUGAAAAAAUUGUCCCAAUCUCUAAAUUAAAAUAUUAUUUUGCUGUUGAUACCAAAUAUGUUAUGUCUAAAAUAUUAUUGCUGUUUUUUCCUUUUAAUCACAAGGAUUGGUCUGUGAAAUAUGAAGGCGCUAUACAGCCCCGAUUUGAAAUUAAUGUCCCAGAUUUGUAUAUACCAGUAAUGGGUUAUGUAACAUAUGUCGUAACAGCUGGAUUAGUGUUGGGAAUGCAAGAUAGGUUUAGUCCAGAACAGAUAGGAAUUUUAGCAUCAUCUGCACUGGCAUGGUGUUUGGUAGAACUUGCUAUUUACAGUGCUACUUUGUACAUCAUACAAAUAGAAACCAAUCUCCGUACUCUCGAUCUUCUAGCCUACAUUGGAUAUAAAUUUGUAGGCAUAAUUUUAAGCAUUUUAGUAAGCCUAUUAGCAGGCAGAGUUGGAUAUUAUGUAUGUUUGGCUUACUCCAGUUUUUCGUUGAUGUUCUUCAUUACUAGGAGUCUUAAGGUGGCAGUUCUGGCUGGAAAUUCGCAAAAUGCAGGUUAUUACGAAGCAACAUCAACAACAACUGGUCACAAAAGACGUAUCUAUUUUCUUUUAUUCUUAGCAGUUAUUCAACCAUUACUAUCAUGGUGGCUCUCUUAUCAUUUAAUUAGCACAAGCCCAACUGUCGUACCGAUUGAACCAGAAAAGAUUUAGUAAAACAUAAAGCCGGGCUUCUUGUUUUAAUUUGCCGUACAAUGUGUCUUAAUCCUCCUAAUGCCUGAUUUUUAUAUGAUACAAAUGGAGUCAAUAGUUAUGAAAGACGUUAAAAUGUAAAGUGUUUUAUAAAAAAAUGUAGUUUCUUUGAAUUACC